UGGGGGCGCUGGGCGCGGGGGCCGCGAGCUCCGCACCUGCGGCGGCCGCUGGGCGAUGCCGCGGCGCGGGCCCGGGCCGUGGGCGCUCUGAGGCAGCGCCUGCCCGGGAUGCUUGGCGCGCUGCUGGCCCUGGCCAUGUCGUCCUCCUUCUUCAACCCAAGCUUUGCCUUCAGCUCGCACUUCGACCCUGCAGACGGUGCCCCGCUCAGCGAGCUCUCGUGGUCGUCCUCCCUGGCCGUGGUAGCUGUGUCCUUCUCUGGACUCUUCACUGUCAUCGUCCUCAUGCUGGCCUGCCUGUGCUGUAAGAAAGGUGGCAUCGGGUUUAAGGAGUUCGAGAAUGCUGAGGGGGACGAAUACGCGGCCGACUGCUCGGCCCAGGGCUCCCCAGCAGUGGCGGUGCAGAACGGGCCUGACGUGUACGUCCUGCCACUCACUGAGGUCUCCCUGCCUAUGGCCAAGCAGCCAGGACGCUCAGUGCAGCUCCUCAAGUCCACAGACCUGGGCCGGCACAGCCUUCUGUACCUGAAGGAGAUUGGGCACGGCUGGUUCGGGAAGGUGUUCCUGGGAGAGGUACACUCAGGUGUCAGCAGCACCCAGGUGGUGGUGAAGGAGCUGAAGGUGAGCGCCAGUGUGCAGGAGCAGAUGCAGUUCUUGGAGGAGGCGCAGCCCUACAGGGCCCUGCAGCACAGCAGUCUGCUCCAGUGCCUGGCUCAGUGUGCUGAGGUGACACCCUACCUGCUGGUGAUGGAGUUCUGUCCGCUGGUGACAUGUGCUCCCUCCUGGCAGGGGGACCUCAAAGGUUACUUGCGGAGCUGCCGGAUGACAGAGUCUAUGGCGCCCGACCCCCUGACCUUGCAGCGAAUGGCCUGUGAGGUGGCCUGCGGUGUCCUCCACCUGCACCGCAACAACUACGUACACAGCGACCUGGCCCUGCGGAACUGCCUGCUGACUGCUGACCUGACGGUGAAGAUCGGCGACUAUGGCCUGUCCCACUGCAAAUACAGGGAAGACUACUUCGUGACUGCUGACCAGCUGUGGGUGCCGCUACGUUGGAUUGCGCCCGAGCUAGUGGAUGAGGUACAUGGGAACCUGCUGGUGGUGGACCAGACCAAGAGCAGCAAUGUGUGGUCCCUGGGUGUGACCAUCUGGGAGCUCUUUGAGCUGGGUGUUCAGCCCUACCCUCAACACUCGGACCGACAGGUGCUGGCCUACGCCGUCCGGGAGCAGCAGCUCAAGCUGCCCAAGCCCCAGCUACAGCUGACCUUGUCUGAUCGCUGGUACGAAGUGAUGCAGUUCUGCUGGCUGCAGCCCGAGCAGCGGCCCACGGCGGAAGAGGUUCACCUGCUGCUGUCCUACCUGUGUGCCAAGGGCGCCACCGAGGUGGAGGAGGAGUUUGAGCAGCGCUGGCGCUCACUGCGGCCAGGCCGGGACAGCACGGGUGCCGGGCAGGGGGCAUCGGGUCCUCCGCUGGGCGUGGCGGCCGAGUUGGCAGCAGCCUCAUCCUUCCCACUGCUGGAGCAGUUCACCGGUGACAGCUUCCACAGCGAUGGGGACGACGUGCUGACGGUGACUGAGACAAGCCGAGGCCUCAACUUCGAGUACAAGUGGGAGGCAGGCCGUGGCGCCGCCGAAGCCUUUCCACCCAGCCCAGGGCGCACCGCACGCCUGCAGGAGCUGUGUGCCCUGGACGGGGCGCCGCUGGGCGUGGUGCCCGUGCUCAGCGCACACAGCCCCUCGCUCGGCAGCGAAUACUUCAUCCGCCUGGAGGAGGCCGCACCCACCGCAGGCCACGACCCUGACUGCGCUGGUUGCGCCCCCAGCCCCCACGCCGCCGCCGACCAGGAUGAGGAUGAGGACGAAGACUCAGACGGCAGCGCCUCCGCCUCGCUGGCCAUGGAGCCCCUGCUGGGCCACGCAGCGCCAGCCGACAGCCCCUGGGGACUCCGCCAGCACCAUCUGCGCCCCCGGGACUCACCCUGCCCCUCCCGCUCACCUUCACCCACAGCGGAGGACAUGGACUGGGGAGAGGCCGCCUUCUGCCCACCCUUUUUUGAGGACCCCUUGGGCGCGUCCCCUUCUUCGUGCGCAGGGGCUUUGCUGACCACGGGCAAGGAGGAGCUGGGGGAGGUCAAGGCACAGAGGGCCACCCAGCAUGGACACUGGAGCUCCAACAUGUCUGCCAACAACAACAGUGCCAGUCGCGAUCCUGAGUCCUGGGACCUCGGCUAUGUGGGCAGCUAUCCUGACAGCUACAUGGAUGACUGCCCCAGCCCAGUGGAGACCCCAUGGGCCUCCCCGGAGGUGGGCCCCAGAGAGCCUCUGCUUGGGCCACAGUCAGUCUCCCUUGGUCCUGAUUCAGGCCCCUGCCUCACCCUUCCCCAUCUUGGCUCUGCCCAGGGCCUGGCACCUGCUCCCUGCCAGGUCAUAGCCCCCUGGACUGGGGCAGCUCUAAGUGGGGGUGACAACCUCCAAGCAGAACCCAGGCUUGCCCAGGAAGCUGAGGGCUCUGCUGGACCCCCGCUGUCCCUUCCUUCCAUCCCUUCUCCUUCCCAUGAGGGAGCCCCUCUUCCCUCUGAGGAGGCUAGUGCUCCUGACACCCUUCCAGCUUCCCCCACGCCUGCUGCUAGCAGCCAGGUGGCAGUGCCAGAGUUGGUCCUGACUCCUGGCAGCAGCACCAGCGUUCCAGAAGUAGAGGAACCCGGCAGUGAGGAUGAAGAUACAACAGAGGCCACUUCAGGUGUCCUCACUGAUGUGUCCAGUGAUGGCCCCCAGGAUGAGAAACCCAACGUAGUGACAGCCUUAUAUGCUUUGCAAAAGCAGGUGUUGACACCUGACUCCCUGAACUCCUUGGACAUCCCAUCCUCGGCCAGUGAUGGUGACUGUGAAGUCUGCAGCCCCUCCGCUGCUGGCCCCCCUGCUGGGCAACCCCGUGCAUUGGACAGUGGCUAUGACACAGAGAACAAUGAGUCUCCUGAGUUUGUGCUCAAGGAGGCCCAUGAAGCCAGUGAGCCCAGGGAGCUGGCUGCAGAGGGAGACAGUCCAGGGCCUGAGACCCAGCGCUCAGCCUCCCUGGGGGGCCUCAGUGAGAAGAACCCCUACCGAGACUCUGCCUACUUCUCAGACCUGGACACUGAGCCUGAGCCCCCUUUGGGACCUGAGAGCAGCAGCCCAGUUCAAACCUCUGACCAGAACCCUGGGCCACAGUUUGCGCAGACCUCUCCUGUCUUUGGGGUUCUGGGGGAGGCACCCAGCGCUCCUCACAGGGAGGUGUUGUCACCCACACUGGGGCCUCAAGAGUCUCCUUCAGAGCCACGGGCCUGUCCCUCUAUCCCCAGGCCAGAGCCUCCUGCGUCCCUAGGCUCAGCUGAGGGGCAGCCUGUGCCCAGCUUCUGCUCCUCCAAGUUCUUCCUACUAACCCCUGUCCCAGGGAGUCCUGAUGGUGAUGGUGCAGAGCUUCAGGGCCCUCCAGAACUGUCGUCGGGGCGGACGGGGAACCCAGGUACCCCCAGAGCUCCGCUCUGCCUGGCCCUUCCUGGGUGCCCUGGGGCUUUGGAGGGCCGGCCAGAAGAGGAAGAGGACGACAGUGAGGACAGUGACGAGUCUGAUGAGGAGCUCCGCUGCUACAGCAUCCAGGAGCCCAGCGAGGACAGCGAGGAGGAGUCGCCCGCGGUGCCUGUGGUGGUGGCCGAAAGCCAGAGCGCACGCAACCUGCGCAGCCUGCUCAAAAUGCCCAGUUUGCUGUCGGAGGCGUUCUGCGAGGACCUGGACCGCAAGAAGAAGGCUGUGUCCUUCUUCGACGACGUCACCGUCUACCUCUUUGACCAGGACAGCCCCACCCGGGAGCUCGGGGAGCCUCUCCCCGGUGCGAAGGAGACGCCCCCUGCGUACCUGCCGGGCAGCCCUGGCUCGCCCAGCGCCCCCAGCCGGCCACGGCGGGGUACCCGCAUUCCGGACGGCUCUGCUACGGAAGAGGGUGGCGGGUUCGAGUGGGAUGGCGACUUCCUUCGGGCGCCGGCUAAAGGGGCUUUGGUGACCACCGUGGGUCCGGUCGCGCCCGCCCCUGCCGUGACCCCCACACCGGCCGCGACUGCGCCCACCUCGCGCUUCACCGUGUCGCCCGCGCCCGUGUCCCGCUUCUCCAUCUCGCACGUGUCGGACCUAGACGCCCAGUCCGUGGAAGGUAAGGCACAGAACCUACAGCAAGCACCGGAAUCGAGUCCACAGAGGCUUGAGGCGCAGACACUCCGUUCUGCAGAGACUGGUGUCAGUGGAGCCCCUGCUGUCCUGUCCCUGGAAGCAGCAUGAUUGCAAUGAGUGGGGACCACAGUCCUGGUGACAGCAGAUCCAGGGUCAUGGCGCCCCAUGCAGCAUCCUGGAGAAGCAGGUGGACAGAAGGCCCCCCGGCCAGCCAUGGACAGUAGAUUGUGCACACUGCCUGUUGGCACCCUGGGGAAAGAAUGUGUCCUGGACACUAGGGUUCGCUGCCAGACCCCCAGGAUGGCCUGGCCCGAGGGCUGUGGGUGUCUGGAUACACAAACAUAGACACUUAAAAAGGGCCCCACAUCCUACAUCCCUGGGCGUGGCUGGCCCCAACCCUGCAGCUGCCUUUCCACUCUGGCUGCUGCUGCUGGACUGCUCGGUCCACGCUGAGAUGCCUGCCCUGGGCCAUGGGCCUGCAUGCAGUGCCUGGCUGGCCCCCUCCAUCUGUUCACAGGGACACUUGGUCACUUGGUUGGACAGGGCACAGGCCCUGAGGUAGCUGUCAGAGCUGCCCCCACCCUGGGUCUGGGUUUACACAGGUCCAGGAUGGGCACCUGGGCUGGUGUCCCCCGCCCUCAUCAGAGUCUGGCUGAUAUCCCUUCACUGCCUUCCCUGCAAGCCCCUGCACAGGGCCUGGCUGCUCCCGCAGGGGUUCUGAUGAGCUGUGGCACCUGCAGGCACCCAGAGGACUUCUAGGCUGCGUCCCUGACCCUGGCCCUGUUUUCGAGGUGUCCCUGGCAGGGCAGUGCCCUGUCCUGUGCCUGGCACUGAAGGAGGGUGGAGGCUGCACCCGUUAUCAUUGGGGCUCCUCCUGCCUUUGGGGAUGAUGGGGUACAGGGAAGGGUGGCGCUAGGGGGCUGGGUAGCACAGGGACUAUUUUUGUAACAGCUAUUGCUGGAAUGAAUAAUAAUGGGGUGAUUCUAAGUUAUUGUUGCCAAAGAGAUGUAAAGUUUAUUGUUGCUCUGGGGGUGGGGGGAGUACUAGAUUUUGGUUUGUGUUUUUUUGUUAGUUUGAGGCUUAGGACGCUGGUGCAAUGAUUUUUUUGUUUGUUCGUUCAUUUUUUAAGAGAAACCAAGCUAUGAAAAA